AAAUAAUUAAUUUUUUUUAGAAUAUUGAGAUUAAAUAGCAAUUUUUCCUAAAACUCAAUGCUUCGCGGAACUUGCAGGCAGCGGCACUUCGAAGCUCUGCAAGCGACGGUCGGCAACCGUAAGCUCCGCAAACAACGUCAGUUGAAGGUGCCAUGGAUCUCGAACUGCCAAUGGACAAAGUAUCUCUUGGAUCGAAUAACACACCGGAUGAUAGCAAGAUAAAUGUAGUUCUUGUAGCUACCGGUAGUUUCAAUCCUCCAACUUUUAUGCACUUGAGAAUGUUUGAGCUGGCGAGGGAUGCUUUGCAUUCAGAGGGCUACCAUGUUGUUGCGGCCUACAUGUCACCUGUUAGUGAUGCAUAUAAAAAGCAGAGCCUCAUAUCUGGUGAACAUCGCUUGCGGAUGUGUAAUUUAGCAUCUGAAAGUUCCGAUUUCAUAAUGGUUGAUCCAUGGGAGGCAAACCAAAGUACCUACCAACGCACUUUGACUAUCUUGAAAAGAAUUGAGAGUUACUUUAUUGAUAAUAAACGACUGAUAUCCAGGGGGUCAUGCUUGUUUGUGGUUCUGAUUUACUCCAAUCAUUUAGCAUACCUGGAUUUUGGAUUACUGAGCAGGUUUUAUGUCCUUCAAAGCAUGUUGUUUGGAUGGAAGGUAAGGACUAUAUGCAGAGAAUAUGGCGUGGUUUGCAUUUGCAGAGAAGGUCAGGAUGUUGAGAAAAUCAUAUCUGAUAAUGAAAUCCUGAAUGAAAACAGGAGUAACAUCAAAGUAGUGGAUGAACUUGUAUCAAACUCAAUCAGCUCAACAAGAUUGAGGUAUUGCAUUUCUAGAGGGUUGUCAAUAAAAUAUUUAACUAUAGAUGGGGUGAUAGAAUACAUUAGAGAACAUCGAUUGUACAUGAACUCAAUUGAGAAAUGAUGAUGUCUUUACUUAUUCUAUUGGAACAGUAUAUAUUAAUUAUCAAUCAUAUGAACAAAGUAAUAUUAACUCUA